AUGAUCUUAAAAAGAUUAGUUUUUUUGACACCAGGAUUUAGUGGAGUUGACAUUGCAAAUGUAUGCAAUGAAGCCGCUCUAUAUGCUGCAAGAUUCAAACAAGAACAAGUGACAGGGGCUAAUUUAGAGCAUGCAGUAGAAAGACUUGUUGGCGGCACUGAAAAAAGAUCGCACUCGAUGUCUUCUCAAGAAAAACGUAUUGUAGCAUACCACGCAUCUGGCCACGCCCUAAUCGGUUGGGUGCUAAAACACACCGACGCUCUUUUGAAAGUCACCAUACUGCCCAGAACCAGUUUGGCUCUUGGAUUUGUCCAAUACAUACCGAAAAAGCAAAAACUUUAUACUAAAGAAGAACUUUUUGACAGGAUGUGCAUGACUUUUAGGAGGCAGAGAAGCUGA